CGCGGCGAGGCGAUAAAUAUGCAGCGAGAUCGAGAUACCGAGAGACCACCUCACCUGCUUCCUCUCUGUUUCUCUCUUCUUCUCCAACUCCACCUCGUCACUUCCAGACCAAGGGAGAAAUUAAAAAAAAUAUAUACAGUGAGAGAUUUUUCUCUCUCCGGUCUGGAGCACAAAUGGGCAUCUUCAGUGGAGCGGGAGCACAUCGCCCUAGCUGCCCGUCGGCCGCGAAUUGCGCAAAAUGGGCUCAAACCUACCUGAAGUACUGCCUUUGUAGCACGAGGGAUGGCAUGGCACUGACGCUUGGACUGUUAAGCGUCAUCAGCUGGGGAGUUGCUGAGGUGCCACAGAUCAUAACUAAUUACAAGCAUAAGUCAACAGAAGGCCUUUCCCUUGCUUUUCUAAUGACAUGGAUUGUUGGGGACUUUUUUAACCUUAUUGGCUGCUUCUUGGAACCUGAGACGCUGCCAACACAAUUUUACAUGGCUCUGCUAUACACCAUCACAACUGUUAUUCUCACUGGACAGACAGUAUACUAUAGCCACAUAUAUCACCGUCUUAAAGCAAAAAAAGCCAGGGCAACAAGCAAGCCUCAGAGGCAUCAGCGUGCUGAUGCUUCAUUGAGAGAAAAGCUUUUGGGGCCCAAGGUUAUUGGGGAAAUCAGAAACAAUAGCCACCUAGGUGCAACCGUCCCUAUUCCAACAAGUUCUCCAAUUACAGUUAAUACAGAAAUAGUACGGCAACGACAUGGCCCAAGCAGCCUCAGUGAAUACUACUACACGUCAGCAAGAUCUCUCUCAAGCAGCCCAGUGCCAAUGUCAGGCACAUGGUCGGCUAAUUAUCAUCAAACAAAUUCUCCACCAGAAAUAGAUGACCAAAAGGAAUCCUUGGUCAGUGAGUUUUCCCCAGCACAAUAUGCAGCAUCUCCUUUAAUAAAGAAUUCUCUCUCAGUGGUACCAUGGAUGUCCCUUCUCUUGGGUAUGAGUGUUUUGCAUUUUUUAGUUGGAACAACCCAUCAAGAGGUGCCAAAUGGUAUUGUCAUACCUGUCGGGAGAAGGCUUUUACUGUUGGCGGAUGACCAUGCAGAUUCAUCUGUCAGCAAUGGCAGUGGAAGUGGAAUUGGAAGCUUCCUUGGUUGGGCUAUGGCGGUAAUCUAUAUGGGUGGACGACUUCCCCAGAUCUGGUUAAAUAUGAAAAGAGGGAAUGCUGAGGGACUCAAUCCACUAAUGUUUACUUUUGCAUUAGUGGGAAAUGUGACAUACGUUGGAAGUAUACUUGUGAAAAGCAUGGAUUGGUCAAAACUUAAGCCGAAUCUACCGUGGCUUGUAGAUGCUGGAGGAUGUGUUUUGCUUGAUACUUUUAUUAUUCUUCAGUUUCUUUAUUUCCAUUAUCGGAAGCGACACGUUCCUGAUGAGCCUGACAGUGCUGAUAAAGUUUAAUGGAUAGCAACUGAGAAUAUUAUUACCUUCUUCGACAUAACAGACCUGAAGGGAGGUGUUUCCUACGUUGAGCUCCAUGAAUUUGUGAAACGGCAUUUUUGCGUCGGAGGCCGUCUUAUACAGUCCGCAUGCAGCUGUAGAGCCUACCACACGCUGUUUCAUAUGCGUCUUGCUCUGUGUCGUGGCAAAGCCAUCUUCAGAACAGAGUGGGUGUCAUAUGGAGAAGCUAUAGCUUAUCGCAAUUGUUUGGUGGUAUCAAAGCGUGCCAAGUAUCAUAUAUGGUUUACCCUUUUUUUUUUUUGCAUCAUUCUCUCCUUUCCCCUUUCUCUGUUGUGGUGAUAAGUAGUAUUAUUAUUUGUCAGUUUUGAAGUGUGUAAAGAUUAUCUCGGUUUAACUGCUCGCCAGUUUUGAAAUAGUAUAAAUAUCCCAGUUUUCGGA